AUGGCUUCUCUUCGAUUUCAAGGAUUGCGUUCCAUCCUCCGGGGUCAAUGUAACCCCCUGCGGACUCAGCAGCGUCGCUGGGCUCAGGUUCACGAUGUUCGCUUCCUUGCUUCGCACCACGAACCCAACCACGUCUUGGACAAGUACCGAUCCAAGCUGGACCAAAAGGCCAAACAAGAAGGACAUGAGUCGAUCGACUCCUUGAAGGAAGCCUAUAGCGAGAAGAUCCAGGAUCUGCGCUCCAAAGCCUCCACCGUGACCACUCCAGAGCCGGAGACACCCACAUCCAACACCACCGAACAACCUGCCGCUGCAAAAGCCCCCAUUGCCCAUGCUGCACGCGAAGUGUCCGGUAAAGCGAGCCCCAUCAAGCCGCUCAGCUCAUACCUUGACGUUGAGAAGAUCCGCGAGCUUCCAGCCAAGGAAAUCGAGGCCCUUUGGCGACUGCGAUUCGCUAGUAGCUCGACCUCUAUCUGCGCCGCGAUCCCCCUUGAAACAUACCAGCGCAUUCUGAACGCUGCGCGUCAAAACCCUCAAUUCAUCCUCCCACUUCCCCGCGGGGCAACUGAGGACCAGCAGGAGACCACAGCCGAUAUCCACUUCUUGCAGUGGGCAUUCCACCCGCCCGCCGGUGAAACCGCUGCGCCCUCUGGCCAGACUGCCAAUACCCAUGUUUCUACCGUCAUCUUCACCCACCUCGGUGCAUUCAAGAUGCACGGCUCUUUCGCUCAGCCGCAUUCGACUCUUACACACUACUUGGAUUUGGCUGAUGACAAGGGACUUGUGCUGAUGCACGGCCAGGUUGUGCCCGACCGCGGUGUAUCCACCAUGGAGGCGACUUGGCUUGCUAGCUGCGUGCAACGCUUCUACGAUUUCGAAGGCCAGGCCAAAGGCCGUAAGAGUGAACUCGUUCGCAUGUUCACCCAGGGAGAUGUUGAGAACUUUAAGGUCGAGGAGCUGUUGACCGAGGCGGAGAAGAUUCACUAG